GUUGUAAAAUUAAACGAUUGAUUAAUUUACCUUUUUUUUAACUAGUUCUAUCAAUUUCAAUUACGUAAAAUUAUAUUGUUCUAGUUAUUGAAAAUGGUUUCUAUAUAAAUAAUCACUAAUUUGAAAAGUGUGAAAAAUAAAAUUUUAAAAAUAACUUUUUUUUUUGGGAAUCCAUAAUUAUAUAUAUGUUACUGUUUGGAUUAUAUACGUAUUUGAGGAAACCCUAAUUCAAGGGUCUUUUUAAUAUAUAUAUGAUGAAAAAAAUAUAAAAAAAAAAAACUUAUCUGUUGACAUAUUCUAGCAAUUUUAAUAAACCACAGAAAAAAAAAAUCUCAGUCAUUUAUCUAUAUAACUAUAUAUAUGUCUAUAUAUGCACAUGAAUAUAUAGGUUUGUAUAUAUGUAUACAGAUACUUAUAUAUGGGAGUAUCUUCCAUCAGAGUUACAUAUGACAAAUAGCAUUAAUGAAAACAAAUUUUUUGCAAAACAAAAAAAUGAUGCUCGCCAUUUUGCCGAAAGUUUUCUUGCUGGUCUUUUUUCCAUUAGCUUCCAACUGCGACAGCGGAUCGAGCUCAUGGAGCACACAUUUAAAAGGGGUGAACCGCGUUUCUGCAAUGUCCCAACUGAGAACUAGUCGACUAUUAUUAGCUGAAAUCGACACGGAACUUGAAUCAGUAAGUGACGCAGCAUCUAUCCUCACGAAAAAUACAAAGGGAAAUUCGGAAGAUCAAAGUGAUGUUGAAACUGUGUACAGUGAGUCCCUGUCAAGUGAUGUGAAGAAAAAGACUCCAUCAAAAGGCGGAUCCAAUUUAAGCUUCUCUGAAAACAAGAAAAAAUUAGAAGAAAUUGAAAAAAUAGCAUUAUCAAAAUAUCAAGAUUAUAAAAAAAAAAUGAAAGAACUUGAAGAGCAGCUUAAUGUUAUGAAGCAAAAAGUAAUGAGCAGCAAAAUGAUUAAUAUAGCAGAUCAUACAAAGAAGAUUGGAGAAACUGUCGAAAAGAUUAAAUCAAUGAAAGACAAAGUAUUGAGUGAGGGAAUGACCAAAGUGGUGGAAUAUCAAAAGAGGUUAGAUGAGGCACUUGAAAAAAUUAAUGUGAUGAAAGAAAAAUUGAAGAAGCAGAAUAUUAUGAACGCAGAAUUACUUAAAAUGUUGGAUCAUCAAAAGGCCUUAAAAGAAGUUAAAGAUUUUAUCAAAACAAAGUAUGACGUUGUUGUGCCUUCCGCCUUAGACAGCAUGAAACGCAUUAGGGAAACGAAAGUAAAAAUACCUAACCCUGUUGGAAUGUUGGAUUCUAAAAUAGAAGAAAAAAUGUUUAAAACGUACAGUUACAUGGAUGAACGUGAACACGAUCCAAAUGUUAGCAAAAAACAAUUUAAGAUUCUGAAAAUUAAGAAAUAUGGUGCCAUAAUGGCCUUACCAUUUGUAGUAAUAUUACCCGCAUUCGGUUUUUUCCAUGAUGAAAAUUUGCAGUUUGUGAUCUUUAUAUUCGCCGCCGUGAGUUUUUUAAUAUCUUUUUACAUCCUUGUAAAGAUAUUGAAGUAUGACCUGAAAUCCAACGGUGUAAAAAAGCCUCGUUUCAAGGAUUACGUGGAAAGCUUUAAAAGAUGUAUAAAAGGAGUUGCUCCUUGA